AUGGGCGAUCAGACACAACAAAAUUUCUUGGCCCUGUUAGCUGCUCAAGCAGCUACACAAAAUAAUAUGCCUAUGGGUUUGAUUUUUCCAAGUUUGAAUUUUGGUAUGACAAACACAGUCGAUAUGAUGUUUUGGAAUAUGGCACAGUUGUCGCAGCCAGGAUUGCUAUUGCAACAGCAGCAGCAACCACAAGAAUCAUUUGAAGAAGUGCUGAGGAGAAUGGCUACUGCAAGUACACGAUCAGCUAACAUUGUUACUGGUAGACAACAAACGAAUCACGAUCCCAAUAAUACAGAUAACAACGAAUCGACACUACGAACAGUGGGGCGUUUUGUUGCUGAUAUAGCUUCUACUUCUUCUGCGAACACUGGCAUCCCAAUUUCUAUUCCGGAUUCUCCAACAAAGGGUUUGGAACCGGGUGAAAUACCGAAACGGAGGGAUAACAACAGAACAAGAAAUGGUAUGUCUUCGCAACUCUCACCUUCGUCAUCAUCAUCAUCAUCAUCAACUGGUGGCGUAUCUUUGAAUUCAAAUCUUUUAGAAGCAUCGGCACGCUGCUAUGCUGCACUUGCAGCCACGGCUUCGCAACAGCAACAACAGCACAGUGAACUUAUUGCUGCCGUGUUACAAAGUGCUGCUAACUAUGAAAGGGCUAGGGCUCGAGCUGCAACUACCAACACUGUCACAACUUCUGUUUGUCCCAGUGGAAGUGGUAGUAGUAGUAGUAGUCAUAUGCUAAAAAGAACUGCAAUGAUUCAUCAGGUGGCAUCAAGUGGCGCCACAACUGGCUUGAGUGCAUCUCGAAAAGACGAAAGUCAUCGAUCGUAUGCGUUAUCUGCAAAAGUUUCUUCUCACGAAUCAAUGCCAACAUCACCAUCUUCUGCUAAACUCACUGAUUCACCCUUAGAUUUAUCAUUUCAUAAACCAAGAAAUGGUACAACAGGGGAGCGCAGUCGUAUUUUUGGGGAACAUACUAGCGGCACGGAUUCUGAUGUUUCAAGAAAGCGUACGCAAGCUGAUGCAUCUUUGAUACGAAUACCUCUGAAAUCUGGUUGGCGACGUCAGACUUGCAUCCGAACAAUAAGUGCCAGCGGGGUUCGAGGUGAUGUUAUUUACUAUGCACCAUGCGGUAAAAAACUUGGUUCAUAUGCUGAAGUAACGCGGUACCUUACGAAAAAGAAUAUCAAAGACAUUGGCAGAGAAAACUUCAGCUUCAGUUGUAAAGUGAUUGUUGGUGAGUACAUUCUCUUCAAAGAUGAUGAAGAUGGUUCAAAGGUUCCCGACAGAGUAUCGGAAGAAAGGAUUCUGGCAGAAAUUGCUAACUGUUCUGCUACCAAUACUGUUCGUAGAACAUCUGGUACCCAUAUAAAAACUACCCUUUCUUCAGGAGCAGUCGAUUCUUCUGGUACAGUUGCUCCAUCAGCUGACAAGAAUUUACUGAAGCUGACUGAAGAUAAUGCACUGAAACAACUUCAUCGACAACUACUGCGACGUCAGGGAGAACAGCAAAUGUAUGCGCAAUUAUUACUUACCUUCGGCCAGCAUGUUCAACAACAACAGCAACGUCAAUUUCAACAUCAACAAAAACAGCAGCCUUCGGUUUUUAGAGUGGAAGGAAAAUCAACAACUGAAGUGGAACCUGAAGUCAAGAAACCUAAAAUGAACCAAUCUGAGUCAGUAUCACGCCACGCAACACCUUCAGUUAUAUCAGUUUCAACUCCCGGAAUUUCUCCUACUACUAAUAUUAUUCCUCAUAUUGUCACCACUACCACCAGUGUUACUACUGACUCUUCUAUUGCUCCAGCUGUAGAAUUGAAAUUACCAAAGCUAGAACUCAGUGAAGAAGAAAAACAGGAAGAACGUCUGAAAGCCCUUCGACUGCCAACAGAUGAUCUUUUGAUUGAAGAAGCACGAAAAUUGCCUGCGCUUGAUUCAAUCGAAAAUCUUACUGUUAGUGCAUCAGCAUUUGCUAAUGUUUUGAUGGUUGAUGAAUUUAUACGUAAUUUUGGUCAUGUUUUGAAAAUUGAUUUAAAUGCGAUACCAACGCUAAACGAAUUCCUGGCAGGUUUACAAAACCAUCCGAAUUAUCUCAAAGGUUUCUUGGUAUUGACUAAAAUUUUGCUGCAAUUAGUCCUCGAAUAUCCUGGAUUGCCAUCAGGAAUUGCUGGACGAACUCCUCUCGGACAAGCACUUAAGGAUGUGGGCGUCCAUCGAGAGAAUUAUUCGGAAUUACUAAAAAUGUUUCUUUUGUCACGUGAUGAAGAAGGAAAAAAGCUGGGCGCCAAAUUAGAGUACUGUUCAUUCGAGUGCUUAGAUCCGGAAUCGAAAGCUGCGAUUUUAGCUUUCUUAUGUAACGAACUGUUAUAUUGCCGCAACGUUGUUCGUGAUAUCGAAGCAAAUAUGGAAGAAAUGACGCGUUUGAAAGGUGAAAAGUGGCUACGUGAAGGUAAAUCACGUGCUUUACGAGCAGUGCAGACACGAAAGCGAGUGGCGCUAAGACGACUGAGGCAUGAUAUCAGAGAUGAUGAUACUUCAUCUAGUCGAGCUGGUACUCCUGGUUCAGAGCCCUCUGAUGUUUCAGAGGAAGUAGAACCGGCGUUACAACCAUCUCGGCUGAAAGCACUCACGCCAGGACUUGGACAAUGCGAUGUGUUAACUGAAGAGGAGGAAGCAAUGACUGUUGAUGAAUUGGAUGAGUACAUAGGAAAGCUCAAUAAUGAAGCGGAAGAGCUACGUGAAAGGCACAACGCAUUGAUCAAUCGUGUGCGCAUUCAACCUAUUGGACAGGAUCGUUUUCAUCGUUUCUACUGGGUUUUACCACGUCUUGGUGUCCCUUUGGUAGAAAGCAUUGCUUCGUCGGGUCUCCAUAAUCCAGCGGUUAAUGUGGAUGUCACUUGUCGGCAGGAUCCGCCAUCCAUUGCUGAAGAUCCGAGGAAUUUUGUCGAUCCAGACGUUAUUGCUUGCUUGGAAGAUAUCCUAGAUACGUUGUGUGGAAAUGAAGAACGCCCGAACAGAGGGAAAAAAGUACGCCUACGUAGAUUGGAUAACAAAUGCAAACGAGGUUGGUGGAUGAUAUCAAACGGUAAAUUGAUGGAGCAACUGCGCGGUGCGUUUCACGGUCGAGGUAUACGGGAGCGUGUAUUACAUCGUUUGCUUAUUAAAGACAAUUUCACAUUCAACCCAAGCAGUCAGUUAAAAUUAGAGUGUAUUACUCGACCGUUGACAAAUAACGAAAUAAACAAAGCAAUGAUAGUAAGACUUGCUGCUCUGAUCUCAUCGUUUGAACAGAAAGUUGUCGCCGCUAAUGUUCACUGUCGACCAAUGUUCCCCACUGGAGAUAACCAUGACGAUGAUACGGAAAGUGAAGAUAGUUUGGAUGCUUGGACUUUGGACGAUGGUUAUGUAUUAACUGAUGGAGCACAAGUCAAUGAAGAGCGUUCACUGUUUGAAUGGGAUGAUUUCAAGGUGCUGAAAGAGCGACUUUUAGAAGUCGAGAAAAGUAUUGAACGUCGGUAUUUGCUUCAUCGCUAUUAUGCAGGUUCUACAAUACCGGCUGAAAAGAUCCUGCGCACCCAACAGCAGAAUAAUCAAAAUGGUAACAGUACAGACGCAAGUAAUAUUAUGGAUGUUAAUGAGGUCCAAUCUGAAAAUAGUGAUUCUAUUAAUUCCAAUUGUCCAUUUGACAGCGCCGCUAUUACCGUCGAUGAAAGUGGAAAUACUGAGCUUUUGCAGCGUUGGCGUGAUUAUGUCCAGAAGGCUAGAACCGGUGGACAAAUUAUGUUUGCGCUACAGGCUUUGGAUUCAGCCAUUGCAUGGGAAAAGUCGAUAAUGAAAGCAAGUUGUCAGAUUUGUCGAACAAGUGAGAAUGAAAGUCAACUGUUACUUUGUGAUGCUUGUGAUAUGGGUUAUCAUAUGUAUUGCUUCCGUCCGCGAAUAGCUGCAGUCCCAGAUGGUGAGUGGUACUGUCCUUUAUGUGUCCAACGAGCUUGCCGUAAAGUGCUUUGUCUUCUUUGUGCCAAAUGGAAUCGACCAAAUUCGCAACCACUGGAACCGAUUAUCGUUUGUUCGAAAUGUUACAACGGUUACCAUGCAUCUUGUUUCGAUCGUACACCAACACUUAAUGAUCCUAAGCAAUGGACAUGUCCAGGAUGCCUCAAUGCUGAUGGUUUCUCGACGGAACUUGCAAAUUCUCUUCUAAAUGGCGAUGUAGAAAUAGCGCUUGCUCAACAGGAAGGUCAGGAAAAGCAAAAUAGUUGCGUGCAAGAGGAUGCAAGCGGACGUCAGGAAGCUCCACGACAUAGGCGAAGGAUGACACCAGCAGACUAUGAUUUCCCCCUAGAUAUGAUGAAAAACCUUUUCAACACGAUGCUGGACGAAUUGUGGGCGAGACCUGAGUCAGGGCCGUUUCAGUAUCCUGUCGAUACUAAGGAAGUCCCAUUUUAUAAAAAAGUUAUCAAAAGACCAAUGGAUUUGAAUCAGAUACGGAUGAAUGUUGAAAAUAACAAAUACAUGACGCAGGAAAGUUUUAUUGAAGACUUAGAGCAAAUUUUCGAAAAUUGUCGAACUUUUAAUGAGGAUGAGUCACCGAUUGGUCAGUCUGGAGUCACAUUACAUAAAUUCUACCUGAAACGAUGGAAGCAAUUGCGAUAUAAUUACUCGAAACGUUUAAAGCGCUUGAAAAAUCCACGUUUGGUACACUCGGUAGCACUGUUAUCAUCGUCAUCUUUAGCGACAAAUUAG